GGCGGGCCGGCAGUCUUGCUGUUUACCGCCCCGCGGCGUCGCUCACUCCCCGGAGUUCUGAGCGCCGAAGCCGCCGCGUCUGCCCGCCCUUAAAGGGCCGGCGCCCGAAAGAACUGGCGGCGCCGCGCGGCGUCGGAUCGCUACCUCCUAUCACGCCCCUCGCCCUCAGACUCUCCGCCCCUUCGCGGCCGGCUUGGCCGCCGGCUUCCCCUCCCUCCCUCGCUCCCCCUUUUCCCCGUCGGCGUCUCCAGGCUCCCAGCAACCAGCUGCCUCCCGGCUGUCACAUCCCCAGCGGGUGCCCACCGAGUCUCCCGGCCGUGUUCGGCCCCUGGCGAGCUGGGGCCACUUCCUGAGGCCCGUCACCCUUCCCCCGGCCCUCCCGCCCCCAGCCGCCCCGUCCCCUCCCUGGUCCCUGAGAGCGCGUCUGCGGCUCCAGGGAGGGGACGCUUCCUAAUCUCAGGCCGGGGUUAAAGUUCUGGUCCUGGUGAGAUGCUGGAAGCUGCGGCCCAAGCCCCAACCCGCCCUGGAGGUGUCCUGUCGCUUGCCACCGCCGCCGCUGCCGCUGCCACUACCACCCUGCCGGGGCCAUGUUCGCCCUGGGCUUGCCCUUCUUGGCUCUCUUGGUGGCCUCGGUCGAGAGCCAUCUGGGAGUUCUGGGGCCUAAGAACGUCUCGCAGAAAGACGCGGAGUUUGAGCGCACCUACGUGGAUGAAGUCAACAGCGAGCUGGUCAACAUCUACACCUUCAACCACACCGUGACCCGCAACCGGACGGAAGGUGUGAGAGUGUCCGUGAAUGUCCUGAACAAGCAGAAGGGUGCUCCUUUGCUGUUUGUAGUCCGCCAGAAGGAGGCAGUGGUGUCCUUCCAGGUGCCCCUGAUCCUCCGAGGGAUGUUCCAGCGCAAGUACCUCUACCAAAAGGUGGAGCGAACGCUGUGUCAGCCCCCCACCAAGAAUGAGUCUGAGGUCCAGUUCUUCUACGUGGAUGUGUCCACCCUGUCACCAGUUAACACCACGUACCAGCUCCGCGUCAGCCGAAUGGACGACUUCGUGCUCAGGACCGGGGAGCCAUUCAGCUUCAACACCACGGCAGCGCAGCCCCAGUACUUCAAGUAUGAGUUCCCAGAAGGAGUGGACUCGGUCAUCGUCAAGGUGGCCUCCAACACGGCCUUCCCUUGCUCAGUGAUCUCCAUCCAGGAUGUGCUGUGUCCUGUGUAUGACCUAGACAACAACGUAGCCUUCAUCGGCAUGUAUCAGACGAUGACCAAGAAGGCGGCCAUCACCGUGCAGCGCAAAGACUUCCCCAGCAACAGCUUUUACGUGGUGGUGGUGGUGAAGACUGAAGACCAGGCCUGUGGGGGCUCCCUGCCUUUCUACCCCUUUAUAGAAGAUGAACCGGUCGAUCAAGGGCACCGCCAGAAAACCCUGUCCGUGCUGGUCUCGAGAGCAGUCACGUCGGAGGCCUACGUUGGUGGUAUGCUCUUCUGCCUGGGCAUAUUUCUCUCCUUCUACCUGCUUACCGUGCUCCUGGCCUGUUGGGAAAACUGGAGGCAAAGGAAGAAGAGCCUUCUGGUGGCCGUGGACCGAGCCUGCCCGGAAAGCGCUUCUCUUCUUGGUCACCCUCGGGUCCUGGCCGACUCCUUUCCUGGCAGCUCCCCCUAUGACGGCUACAACUACGGCUCGUUUGAGAACGGUUCUGGCUCCACCGGCUCCACCGAUGGUCUGGUUGACAGUGCGGGCCCCGGGGAUGUAUCCUACAAUUACCCGGACCCCCCGGGCACUCGACCGCGACUGGACUCCAUGAGCUCCGUGGAGGAAGACGACUAUGACACCCUGGCCGAUGUCGAUUCAGACAAGAACGUCAUUCGCACCAAGCAAUACCUCUACGUGGCUGACCUGGCACGCAAGGACAAACGUGUCCUGCGGAAGAAGUACCAGAUCUACUUCUGGAACAUCGCCACCAUUGCCGUCUUCUAUGCACUUCCCGUGGUACAGCUGGUGAUCACCUACCAGACGGUGGUGAAUGUCACAGGGAACCAGGACAUCUGCUACUACAACUUCCUCUGUGCCCACCCGCUGGGCAACCUCAGCGCCUUCAACAACAUCCUCAGCAACCUGGGGUACAUCCUGCUGGGGCUGCUCUUCCUGCUCAUCAUCUUGCAACGGGAGAUCAACCACAACCGGGCCCUGCUGCGCAAUGACCUCUGCGCCCUGGAAUGUGGGAUCCCCAAACACUUUGGCCUGUUCUAUGCCAUGGGCACGGCCCUGAUGAUGGAGGGGCUGCUGAGCGCUUGCUAUCACGUCUGCCCCAACUACACCAAUUUCCAGUUUGACACGUCGUUCAUGUACAUGAUCGCGGGGCUCUGCAUGCUGAAGCUCUACCAGAAGCGGCACCCAGACAUCAACGCCAGUGCCUACAGCGCCUAUGCCUGCUUGGCCAUCGUCAUCUUCUUCUCCGUGCUGGGCGUGGUCUUCGGCAAGGGGAACACAGCGUUCUGGAUCAUCUUCUCAGUCAUCCACAUCACUGCCACCCUGCUGCUCAGCACACAGCUCUAUUACAUGGGUCGCUGGAAGCUGGACUCGGGGAUCUGCCGUCGCAUCCUCCACGUGCUCUACACGGACUGCAUCCGGCAGUGCAGCGGGCCUCUCUACGUGGACCGCAUGGUGCUGCUGGUCAUGGGCAACAUCAUCAACUGGUCGCUGGCGGCCUACGGGCUCAUCAUGCGUCCCAACGAUUUCGCCUCCUACCUGUUGGCCAUUGGCAUCUGCAACCUGCUUCUUUACUUUGCCUUCUACAUUAUUAUGAAGCUCCGGAGCGGGGAGAGGAUCAAGCUUAUUCCCCUGCUCUGCAUCGUCUGCACCUCGGUGGUCUGGGGCUUCGCCCUCUUCUUCUUCUUCCAGGGCCUCAGCACCUGGCAGAAAACCCCCGCAGAGUCGCGGGAGCACAACCGGGACUGCAUCCUCCUCGACUUCUUUGACGAUCACGACAUCUGGCACUUCCUCUCUUCCAUCGCCAUGUUUGGGUCAUUCCUGGUGUUGCUGACGCUGGACGACGACCUGGACACCGUGCAGCGGGACAAGAUCUACGUCUUCUAGGGGAGCUGGGCCCCCUUGCUUUUCUCAUGGAGCCCCAAGCUCCUCUGCCUCACCGCCCGGAGGUUCCAUAGUGCCAGGGGCCUGAGUCCCAGCCUGCCGCCCAGUGCCAGGGUGGUGGGACAGCGAGGUCCAGCCCAGGCUUGGGCCAGGGAUGAGGCCUGUGCUCCUUCAACCCCGAAUGCUGGCCAAACUGCUGCUUUCUUCUCAGUGUUGGGGCCUUCCACGGGUCCCAGUCUAUCAGCUGUCCGAUUGUCGUUUUGCAGGAGGAAGGAGGGAAGCGUUGCCUGCCCAUUUCAUGGCUUGUGUUCUGGCCAUCCUUCCCCUUCCCCCUUGGCCUGGACCCAAAGCCCAGCCUUCUUGCCCGAGCUUCCACUCCAGGGCCCCCAGUCUGGGGCCUGAUUCUCUGUCCUGCACCAGAGUUCACUCCACUUUUCCUGGGUCUGCGCCUGCCUGCCAUCACUGCCCUCUCCGGUCAGCCAGGAUGGAUGCGGCUGUCAGAUCUGGGGGGCUGGCCGGCUGGUGCUGGGCUUUUGGUGCUAAGGCCUGCAAGGGAUCCUGGGCAGCGCUGCCGCCUCCCUCUGACCUGCACUCAGGGCUGGUUCUUUAGCAACAAGGGACAAAGCCUGCAGCGUGGGAACUGCCUGUGAUUGAAGAGCUGAAUUCGGAGGUCUUUCAUGUGCCGUCAGCCCCCAGACUGAUGAUGGCACCCAGUGACUGAUGUUGGCAACCAGGAUUGGAAGGAAAAAGCAACUCAGUCCUUUCCUUUCUUCCUCUUUCCAGGCCCUUAGUCCUGCCAAGCCCCACUUGCGGGCCUUCCAGUGCCAUUUGACACUGCCCAAGAAUGUCCAGAGGCGAAGGAGGGGCGCUACAGAGAGCACAGCUCCUCCACGGCCGCAGGAGCUCCAGUGCCUGUCUUAGGGGCUCAGGGAAGGGACAUGCCCUUGCCCUCUGUGUCCCUGGUCCAGCCUCACUCUGGGACACAGGGCUGGCUUCUAAGUUUCCGUCCAGUCUUCAGCCAAGUUCUGUGUUACACACACAUGCACAUGUAUGAAACCUUGCGUUUACACUGAGUUGCCCCAACUCUGGUUCCCUGGCCGCUCUUUCGCCCUACUUGGUCUGUUCCAGAUGCCAAGGUUGGGGAGAUCAGGUCGGGCCUCGGCCUUGGGGAUGGGAAUGUGUUUUAUUCUCCUCAACUUGUUUUUAUAGCUCUCCCUCGGGCUGGGGAGAGGCGGAGGGUCUGGAUCUUUUUUCAGAGCUCCGUUUAAUGUCUGUUUCCAUGCUAUGGUUGCAUUUCUGUUUUCUAUGAAUGAGUUUGCAUUCAAUUAAAGAAACAACCAGAUGCAGUC